UCUUCCGUCAAAGGUGUGGUGCGUUUAGGUGCCCGUGGUUAAUUGCGCUGUCACGUGUGAAUCAUUUGAAUAUUGAUGGCGCAGAAGCGUGUCAAACAGACGCAUCCGUGCGGUGACAUACGGAUGCCCGUGUGGCCACACUGAUUAUUGUCAGAUAUGGACGCGCACAGAAACGCAGCCUGAACCGUGGGAGUCAUGAACCGCUGCGAGGUGACGCGUCCUCUGAUUUCAACCGAAACUUCCACCUAGACAUGCCGAUGUCGCUCCUCGCCGCCUGAGCCCCGGUCCGACCACCACAUCCCGCUAUCGACGACGAGAUCUGGAGCCUCUUGCGCAGUGAGACCGCGGCGGGAGCGAGCGGUGGCGGCGGCUGCGGCCACUCCGGGGAAUGUCGGCUGGCUGUCAGUCCUGACAUCGGCCUCUUCUGAUCUCCAUAUGGGGUGUGGGGGUGCGCGGAGGAGCAGCGUAGUUGUGGGUCAGCUGGUCGACUAGCUGAGAAGACGCCUCUUAGCGAUGUGAGCUCCACCACCAGGCUGCACUUCUCCACUCAGAAAUCCGCCUCCAUUCAAAUGCACACGGACAACACACUGGCCAAUCAUGGCAAGCAGGUCAGCAGCGACAGCCGGGCCCAGAUGCCCGGCGCCACCCAGCAGUCUCAGCCGCAGGGGGCCGCCGCCACCAACACACACCUGGGCUCCAAGGGCGGAGCCAAGGCCAACCAGAUGUCCCACAACAGCUCCGGGCUGAAGGCCGGCAGCCAAUCGGCGGGCGGCGCCAUCGCUGGGAUGCUAAAGCUCAAAUCCAAACGGAGCGUCUCCAUCGACUGCGGCGAACCGCGGAACGCCGCUGCUCCCGUCCUGGAGGCAGACGCCAAAGGAGAGGGGGUUCUGCGCAGCAAACGCCGCUGCGUUCUGGCCAAGAAGCAGCCGUACAGCGGCGAUGAAUGGUGCUCCGGACCGGAGACGGACGACGAGGACAAGCCGCACGCCGCCGCCCAGCGUGAACGUGGACUGGCGGCUUCCAUCCAGGGUCUGUCGGAGCGCCUCUCUGCCGGAAACGCAUCCGAACCCGCCGGCCCGCUGGUGGGGUGUGGGGCGGGCCCGGGGCUGAAGGCGGAGCCUCCUCAGCCUUCACAGCAAAUGCUCUACGUUUUCUCCACCAGCCUGGCCAACAGCGCUGCAGAGGCAGUGAUGAAGGGUCAGGCCGAGUCCAUCCUUCAGUUUCACCAGCAAAGCGCCCCACACCCCAAGCUGGAACAGGGCCAAACUCCCGGAAAACUUUCUAGCCUGUCGGAAAAGCUGAACACUAGCAGUUCUCCGCCCACCGGAACCCCAAAAUCCCAAAGCGGAACUCCCCGUCCAGCCUCUGCAGGAGUCGGAGCUCCGCUGCCUUCAGCCGGGACGCCCCUGUCAGCAGGACACUCUGACACUGAAGGCCGACCGGGCACCACCCCAUACAACAGCAUAGCCCCCCACAGGUCCGACGGGGGCAACGCGGCCACACCUGCAGGCCCGGAGCCUGGAAGUCGAGACGGUUCGGGAAACAUCCCAUCUGGGAGUCCUUCCAUCCUGUCUGCACACCUACAGGGGGAUGCGGUUCAGAUGAGCGGCCCGGGGGGCAUAGGCGGCCUUUCCAAGGAGCAGCUGGAGCACAGGGAGCGAUCUCUGCAGACUCUGAGGGACAUCGAGCGGCUGUUCCUGCGCGGCGGGACGGCCGGGGGUCCCGGAGAGGCCGGAGGCCCCAACCAUAAUACCCCCAGUAACUCCUGCAACCUGAAUAAUAACGGUGGCUCCGACAGGAGUGGCGUGGAGGACUCUGGAAACGGUACAAACAACAAUUGCACUAGCAUGCUGUCUUCAGCCCUGGUUUCAGCCGAAGGCCUGAAGAAAUACGAGGAGCCUCUUCAGUCCAUCAUUUCUCAGACCCAAGCCCUCGACAGCCCGCAAAUGGACCAUAGCCUGCCGCCGCACCCCCAACACCAAAUGUCUUCUCCUGGAGAUGACAUGGGCCCCUUACCGGGACCGGAGGGGCUGACGCGAGAACAGAUGGCCUGGAGGAAACUCCAGGAAGAGUACUACCAGGAGAAAAGACGGCAGCAGGAAAUCCAUUCCGGGCCGCAUCCGCAGCACUUUAGAAUGAUGAGUGAGGUGGGCAUGCACGGGGAGCCGGUGAUGAUGAGGGGGCCCCCCCCUCCCUACCACAGCAAGCCUGGCGAUCAGCAGUGGGGUCCCGCCGGUAUGAUGGCAGCAGGAAUGGGUGGGAACGGACGAAUGUUGGACGUUCACCAAGAAGGACCUCGAGGCCCGCGGUUUCCUGGACAGAUGCAGAGAGGGGGAGGGGGCUUUCCCGGCAGUCCGGGUGGGGGUGUACCCAUGGAGGGUCUGGGCCCCCAAAGGCCCGCUCGGCAGGGGAUGAUCUGGCUGGACGACGUGCCCAACAACAUCGGCGGUGGUAACUUUCCCGGAGGCUACCCUCCACAACACCUGCAGAGCGACCCGGACCUGCUGACCCGGGAGGAGAUGUUCCGGAUCAUGGAGAAACGGCACAUGCAGGGCCUCCCCAGGUAUGAACUUGAAAGACUAGCGAAACACCAGCAACAAGGAAACCUGGGACCACGAAUGAUGGAAAACCUUGGCGGUCCAGACUUUCCUAAUUUAGGAAUGGGUCGCUGUCCACCCACUAGUCGAGGGGAUCCCAUGGACUUUCCUGGUCCAAGAGAGAUGAUGGACUCGUCUGGGGGCGGUCCCCAGAUGAGGGACUUGGUGAACUCUCCUCUGGGGUGCAACAUCUCAAUGAGCAUGAACCCUCAAAUGAAUAUCCAGCAGCAGCAAAUGAUGCUGUCGCAGAGGUUAAGAGGAAGCCAUCCAGGCGGAGGAUCUUUGAGCGAAAUGUUUGGCGCCGGAGAGAUUUCCCGAAUCAACGCUUCGCAGAAUGGAAGAGGGGCAGAUAAGGGAAUGGUCCCAGGACCCUUCCAGUUUCCUAAUCAAGCUCCCUUCCCUGGAGAACAGGUGGAUGGACGGUAUCUCCAGCAACCCGGCCCUGACAUGUUUGGACCGGACCACCUAGAUCCAAAUCCGAUGGGGGGCACAUCGCGGUUAAGCCACAUGCCGCUGACCGGGGGCCUUAGAGGGGCAGACCUCGGCUCGAGGCACGCCUCGGACGUACAGGCGGAUCUGACCUCGCCCUCCGUGCCUCCUCAUCCGCUCAAGUCCCCGUCUUUCAACCAGGAGCCUUCGCCUCUAUUACCCUCCCCUUCUGCCCCGGCGCUGAAGUCCCCCAUCACUUCUGCAGGCCACCCCCACGCCCCUCCCCCCGCAUCAGGCGCCGGGACGCCCUGCUCUUCCUCAAUGAAAUCUCCUCAGAUAUUGGGGUCUUCCAGCCUCGGUUUGCACUCUCCCUCGGCCUCACCUGGACGACUCAAAUCUCCGGCCAUGGCACUGGCGUCCCCAGGGUGGGCUUCCCCCAAAACAACUCUUCCAAGUCCUGGAGGUCCGACCGGUGGGAAGCCACUGGGCAACGGAGGGAGCGGUUCAACUGAAGCUGGUCAACCGCUUCCCCCGCGCAGUUCAAACUCCACCCCCGUCAGCCAGCCGGGCUCCAUGAAUCCUAACAUCCCGUUUACGUCCUCCCCUGAUGCCCCAGCGGCCCAGAAUCCUUUGUCCCUGAUCAUGUCUCAGAUGUCCAAGUACGCCGUUCCCAGCACCACGCCCCUCUACCACGAUGCAAUUAAAACCAUCGCCACCUCUGAUGACGAGAUGCUCCCAGAUCGGCCGCUGCUCUCCGGCGUCAGCAUUGGAGGAAACAUGGGGGGCGCUCGCAUGUCACAGGGACUCGGACCUCACAGUAACCCUCAGAGCCCCAUGGGCUUGAUCAACCAAGGCCAGCUGUCCCACGACGGCUCGGGAGCCGUGCUUUCCCCCCAAAACCAAAUGGCCAUGCCGGCCAUGAACACCGUCAUCAUGAGAGGUGGGGGGAAUCCCGAAAUGGGGCCAAACAACUCGUCCUCGUUGUCUCAGAACCAGAUGGCAGGUUUUCCUCGCAUGCAGCCGCCGCCGCCGCCGCACAGCUCCAUGCACUCACCGAUAAGAGGAAUGUCGCAGGGCUUCUCUCAGUCCGGCGAAGACAUCCAGGCUCAUCAGCAACUGCAGCUGCUGAGCAAAGGCCCUCCCCCUCAGCGCCCCUUUCACCGCUCGGACUCGUUCGCCUCUCUCCCCAUGGGGGAAGGUCCCGACCUGAGCGAGGUCAUCCGGCCCACCCACACCGGGAUACCCGAGUUCGAUCUGUCCCGGAUCAUUCCUGCCGACAAACCCAGCAGCACCCUUCAGUACUUCCCCAAGAGCGAGCCGCACCAGGGGGCCCCGCCCCAGCAACAGCUCCUCAAGCAGAUGCCUUCGUCCAGCCUUCACCACGGCAGCAGCCCUUCGUCCAACCCCCACCUGGCCAGCCUGCAGAACAUGGCCGAGCAGCAGCUGCCGCCCCACCCCUCGCACGGGGGGAUACGCCAAAACAUGGGCAUCUCUGCGGGGGCCUCCAGGGGGAUGGGCCCCAUGUGCCCGCCCGGACACAUGAUGGGAAGGACAGGCAUGAUGCCUCAGCCGCAAAUGCAGCAACACCAAGCCAUGAUGCCCAACAGCCUUAUGCCCCACCCCUCCAGUCAGUACGCUGGCAUGAUGCCCCCCAGCCCCCAUAACAUGAUGACGCAGCAAAACCUUAUGAUGAUGCAAGCAAAACAGCGAGCCAUGCCCAUGCCAGGGGAGCCCUUCGGACACCAGGGGCCCAUGAUGGCCCCGCCCCACCCCCAGGCCGGCAUGAUGCUCCCACAGUCUCUCAGACAGCGGGGAAUGUCUCUGGACAGUCCGGUGGGCUACGGCUCUGGAGGCAUGGCCAACAUGCCGUUCUGAUCCAGAAAAACCGCGUCAUUGUUCCCAUUGUGUCCACUUCCUUUCCAUCUUGUGAUUGGUUCAAACUAAAUCAGUGUUGAUCACGUUUUUAAAUUUCAACCAUUAAAAAAAGAGGAAAUAUUUAAAAACCAUGUUGAAUAAACCAAAAUUGAAGCCAUUUUCUAAAAUGCUGUAAAAUGUGUAAAUUUAUCCCCCAAAAAAGAAAAAACAAUCUGUGUAUUUGUGCGUGGGAACAGAGGAGUGCCUACAAUUUCUAUUUGCUUUAAUAUCAUUGAUCUAUUUUCACCAAAUACCAAACUGUUGUGCAAAGAUAUAAAAUCAAAUAUGUAUCUGCUGUAAAUAAGAUGCAAUUUGUGAUUGUUUGCAGUUGUUCUGUAAAACUGUGUUUUAAUAGAAGUCUACCAAUAGAGCAGCGACCUCCGAG